AAUUCUGCCUGAAAAUACAAGUUGAAGUUUCACUGUUUCGGUGAAGACCAAAACCUUUCUCAGAAGUUGAAACCUUCCCCUCUGUCCCUUCGAGCGGUUCAGCUUCUCAAAACCUUUGUCACUAUCUCCUAUAUGGCGUCGCAACCCCGAAGAGGCGGAGUUUCCCUGCCGGAGAGGCGGGCCGCGAAAAGUGACUCCAACGGCAGCAUAAUCUCGAAGCUGAGUGGUUCCCCCAUCGUGUCGCGAGGCAGGCAGGCAGCUAGCGACGCCGUACUCGUGACCAGGAAGCUUCUGAAGAGCACGGGAAAGGCCGCGUGGAUCGCCGGCACGACAUUCCUGAUCCUGGUAGUACCUCUCAUCAUCGAGAUGGACCGUGAGCAGCAGAUGAAUGAGCUCGAGCUGCAGCAGGCCAGCCUUCUCGGUACCCCGCCCCAGCCCCAGAAGUGAACCGUAACAAACGAGUAUCGGGUCCGUUUGGCGACCAUUGGUUUUCCCGAAAGUUAUAUUGUUGGGAGAGGGGAGGCGUAGGGGUUCUUUUGAAUGCACCUGAAGACAUCUCGUAUGUUCUCAAAUAUGGAAUAAUGCAGAAGAAGCAGUGGUACAAUGUCCGUUAGCUUCAAGCUCGGUGAUUUUCAUGCGACUUGUUUGACAAGAUGAAUGCAAGAUCCACCAAUGAAAAGGAGAAAAAAAAAAAGAGAACAAUAUAAACAUUAAGGUAGAACCUUUUGGGGAGGGUUGGAAUAUUUAGGCAUGUUUUCUGUUGCCAAAUAACUGUUUCUGUUCAAACUGAAUAUGAUGUUACUCAUUUAAGAAAUCUUUAAUUGUUGGAUUCUUGUCUCUUGCAAA